AUGUAGGAGCACUAAUGUCUUAUUACCAAGGGCAAAGCUGCUUAUAAUUAGAUUAUGGGUAAAACGGAAAGUCAGGAUAUUACUUAAAAUCUUAAUGAUUGGUGCACAGAUUACCUGAUUACUAUUAAUUAAGCUGAAAAUUUUACUAUCGAGUAUAAUCUCUAUACUCAAGCUUAGUAUUAUGAUAUUCCAAAAUACAGUACUAAUCCUUAGUGUUAUGAUGCCAAAUUUACACAAUCAUAUUAGCUUGUGCAUAUGUCGAAUGAAACUAAUCCAGAUGGUUCUUUAAAACUUCUUAAUAAAGCAUUGCCGACUUUUGGAAAAUUAGAUCAGAUUCCAACUUAAAUAUCUACAAAAUAUAUUUUGAUUAAAAUCAUAAAUUCUUGCCUAACUUCUACAAUUACUUAACAGCAAUAAAAUGAUGAAGUAUUUUACAAAAAACUGAAUGGAACUUAGUAAUACAUCUUCAAGUCAUUCAAAUUUAGUAACCAAUUUUGUGAGACAGUUAUUUAUCUUAUCGAUUCAGCAACUUAAAAUAGUAUUGAUUCUUCAAUAUUUAACUACGAUAACUCUACAGGCCUAUAUACUAUAUAAACUAAUACCAAUAUUGCUGCAGACAUCACAAUUUAUAGUUUAAAUCUACUUGCUUAUUACAAAGAUGGAGAUCCUUCAGCAGCAAAGGCAUCUAUGAUGCUAAAAGUUAAUUUUUAUGAUUGUUUAACUAGCAUAUUCUUGCCUUUAACCUAUGGUAACAUUAUCUACAAGUUAUUUGAUCCAAAGUAGAAUAUUGCUUUAAUUAAUUGGACAAAAUAUUACUCAUUCUAUGAAUGUGGAGAAUAUAAGCUGACUCCAUAAUUGCUGAAUUAAACCACGAAUUCUUUUAUUUCAUUCGAUUAAAAAGAAAGAAGAUUUAGCAUUUACACUGAUAAUGAAUAUUUUGCCAAUAACUAUGUCAUUAGAAUCAAUGCUUUUGUUUAAACACCAAAGAUUUAUAACUAUAGUUACUAUGAAGAUUAAGAUUUCAGUUUGUAUUUGAUAUCUUAGAAAUACGCAAUCGCCAAUGAAGGACCUCCUUAUUUUGAAGAAUAAUUGAAAAUUCUAUAUAUGGUAGUAAAUUAAGAAUUUCUGUAUACUCUACCUUAGAUAAAAGAGCCAGAUAAUGAAAAAUACACAAUAAGUAUGGAUUUGGGAUAGACUGGUUCCUUUACAAAGUAUAUUUAUCCUAAUCUAAAAUUUGAACCAACUUUAAAAAAUAAUGGCACUUAUAUGAUUCAGAUUACUCUCGAAGACUCUAAUAUAAAUAAGAAAAGCACUAAAUAUUUCCUAAAUGUUGUUGUUUUAUCGGAGGAGCAAGCAAGUAAUGGAUCCUAUGGAUUUUUAAAUAACAAACUAAAAGUUAUAAAAUCUGGUUUCUCACCUACAUUAAUUCCAAUUAUUAAAACAAUAGAUCAGGCAGGUUUAAUUAAGCACAGAAAUUUGGAUUUAACUAGCUUUUGA